AUGGUAUUGCACAAGAACCGGGUGAAGCCAACAGCCUACCCAUUCCUGCCUUUCCACAUCAUACGAUGCGCGCAAUUACUUUCUUCACUCGUUGUAGCGAGUAUCAUGUUUUACUUCCUGCGUGAGCUAUCGCAUGAUGGUUAUAGGCUACCUUGGACGUUUAUCUUGCUCAUGACAAUCUCCCUCCUAACUCUUGCCGCGCUCACAUGCACAAUCUUCCUCCAAAUCCGUCACGGUCUCUCCGCGUCUCUCAACCUGACCCUGAACGCCGUCCUCGCACUUCUUUGGACCGUAUCCUUCGCUCUACUAGCAUGGUGGUGUUCAGGCACAUUAGCACAUGUAUGCGAUGCGAAGAACUGGGAGUCUGAGGCAGGGAUUAGCGUGUGUAGAAUGUACAAGGCGCUGUUUAGCUUUGCGUUGUUGGGCUUUGUGGCGACAGGGCUGGCGCUGGGGUUAGAUGUUAAGGUUAUGAAGGGCGCGAGAAGGAGGGGUAUGUUUCAGCAGUUGGAUGUGCUCGAUGGUGGGGAUGGGAAGAGGGAUGGUGAAGUGGGAGAUGGAGAUUACAAUCCGAACCCUGUCGCGGCGCGAGAGCAACGGGGACGGGGUGGACAAGGGUAUGCGCUGCCGGAGGAGCAGUUCGAAUAUAACGAUAUUGGAUACCAAGGGGCAGCAGGCCAGGUUGGGCGAAGUAGGAUAUGA